GCUGGAUGAACAUAAAAAGUAGUUGACAGCAAAGACUCACAAAUACUCGUACGGAGUAUCCGUGAGUCAAAAAUGAAUUUACAAAGCUGUUCCUCGCAUUCUGAGCUGGGAAAAUGGGUGAAUGUUUUAGUCAUACACACUGGAGGAACUAUUGGAAUGAACAAAACCGAGCACGGUUGGUACAUAUAUAUACAUUAACUGUUUCAUUACAUCUAUGAUCAAUAUUAAUAAACCAUGCAUAUAGAAAGCCAUACUCAGGCCGAUUAUUGCUUGGCUGUUCCUCGGCGAGUUGCGAGCGCGAUUAAACAUAUCUAGCGUGUUGCCAUUUGAGUGCGUUUUGGAUAGAUAGAUAAAUAAAUAUAUAGAUAGAUUGUUUCAUAAGAUUUUACAUCGCAGCUCAAAAUACUAGCUGAAUUGCGUAAAAUUUGAAUUUAUUAAAUUUAGUACACAGUGUGUAUAAAAAAAAGUAUAGCCUUUCAAAUUCAAAUUAACGAUAAUUAUAAGUGAUUCGAUGGUUCUCAACUGCUUUGAGUUAAAGCGUCAUUGUCAACCACAAUGCAUUUGAUUACAUCUUAACUUCGAAAGUGACAAAUAGCAACAAAUGACGAUUAUAAACAUUUCUUUGGUGCAAUUUUAGUAUAAAAAAGUUUAAAUGAGCUAGUUAUAACCGCAGGAUUAUGGCGUUCCAUUCCGGUCAAAAUUAUUUCAAGUCAAUAAGUAAUAUUCAAACAUCAUAUCAACAUGUUAUAACUCUCAAUAUAAUGUUGAAAAUAUCAAGAUAAAAUUCAAACUCAAAAAAAUAAAACGAAAGUUUAAAGCAUGCACUUGAAAAAUGCAAAAUACAUUUCAAACCUCAAAUAUACAUGAAAACUAAACGCAAGUCCUAACUAGAAAUUUAUAAUACGAAACUCCCAAAUGGUAAGUCAAAGCCGCGGCUCAUAAGUCAAAGAUAUAAAUCGAAAGGGAACGGAAGCACGCAACUUAAAAUGCAGAGGAAGUCAGCAAACGGAAGUUAACCUACUGCAACAGUCUUCAUGCAAACAGAAAGAAGAAGUCAGCAAACGGAAGUUAGACUACUGCAACAGUCUUCUAUUUCGUGUCACAGAUGUACAUCUGUCUAAACUACAACGGCUACAAAAUACAGCAGCACAUCUUAUCUAUUCUAUCCCUAAACAUGAUCACAUCACUCCGACUCUCAUCAAACUACACUGGCUUCCCGUUCGAUUAAGGAUCAAGUUCAAAAUUGCCAUGCUUGCUUUUAAAUGUAUCCAUCAGUAUGCACCUCUCUAUCUUGUCAAUCUUUUGAAAGUAAGAAAGACAUUGUGCUAUAGUCUAAGAUCUAACGAAGGCACAUUGCUUGAAGACUAUAGUACAAAAACAAAGAAAACACUCGGCGACAGAGCAUUCGUAACCUCCGCUCCAAAAAUCUGGAAUGAAUUACCUAUGAAUAUAAGAAAUCUGCAUAACUUUAGUAUUUUCAAGAAAUUAGUUAAGACUUAGUAUUUUGAAGAAGCCUUUAAUGUAAAUACUCCAUGUAACAUAUAAUCUAUCGGGUGCCCCCCAAAAAACUAUACCCUGUUUGACUUCAAAUAACGUAAAAACCAUAAAAGCUAUUUCACUAAAAUAAAAACCAUUGUAUUCACAAAGGAUUAACUUAGAUUUUGAUAUAUAGCAUUUAAUUUCCGUGCGAUAUUGACGUAAAUACAAGUGUUUGAAGUUGCGAGGAGCUUUUAGAAAUUGCCAAAAAACCACAAAAAUCACCGCAUCAAACUAAAUUGAAAGCAGUUGUCACUUUACAUGGAAUCUUUUUAACUUCAGUGAUUUUAUCUUUAAUUUUAGGUUAUUCCCUUCCAAAUUUAUUUGUAAAAAUAAAAAUUAAGUACACUUAAAGAUUGAUUCUUAGGAAUAAAACAAAUGGUAUUCAGCAGCCAAGGAAUCUUAGACAAUUGCAUGAGGCAAUCAUUUCUGCUUGUGAAUCUAAGAAUCUUUGGAUCAACAAAUGAUCCAAACGCUUCUGAUAGCAUGAUUUCUAGAGCACAACGGUGCAUACAUUCAGGCUCAAAGACACGCUUUUCCUGAUGAGUAAACUCAUAUUAUAGUUACUUCCUUUUGUAGUUUUGUACAUAAAUGCAUUCUUUUAGCUAUAGAAUAAAAAUAAUCAACAAUUUGAUAUACUGUUUUAUGCUAUUUUUGACCUUUUCAGAAAUGGUAGUUCAACUUUGAAAUGUUAAUAGGUCUGUCAGCAUCGCGCGGAAAAUUAAAUGUUAUAUAUAUCAAAAUCUAAAUUAAUCCUUUGUGUAUACAAUGCUUUUUAUUUUAUUUUAAUGUAAUAGCUUUUAUAGGUUUUACGUUACGUGAAAUCAAACAGGGUAUAGUUUUUUUGGAUACCCGGUAUAUAAUCUUGUUUAUAUUUUUAGUUAGUAACCAUUCAGCAUAGAACAUAAAAUAAUAUAUACUAUAACAUGUUAAUUUGCGCAAAUAUGUUUUGUGAUGCGCAUUUGAUCAUAUACUAUAACAUGUUAAUUUGCGCAAUAUAUUAAUAUUAUUAUUAUUAACCAAAAACAUUGCUGUGCUCGUCUUUUAAAAAUAACAUUUACUGUGAUUCAGCCGAAUAUCUUUCUCGCCGUCUGGAUGUUUUCGAGAUAAAUAUUCUUCUCAAUCUCACAAGGAUUAAUAUCCUCUAGAACAACAACUUUUGUCAGAUAUGUGCACCCUUCAUGUGCGUCAAAGGGAAAGAUGCGAAGCACUUUCCUUUCGCCCGUUGUUGGAGGACCACGGUAUGGUGUUCAGGCAAGUAUGGGACAAUGGGAAUAUUAACCAUUUAUGGUGUAGGAAGACCAAGACUGUACGUAUAACAACAGGUGAUCGAAACUCUCAAUUCUUAAGUUGGACUUUCCUGGGCAGAAAUUGCAAGAAAUUUUGAGUAUCUGAGAGUACAAUACGACAACGUCGACGUUCAUCACAUUCUAUCAUAAGGGACAAUGAUCUUGAUCUACUUGUUCGUGGUAUCGUAUAACACCCAGGAUUGGCUAUAGAUUAGUACAAGAACAUUUAUAUUUCUUUCGUAAAUAUCCAGACGGCGAGAAAGAUAUUUGGCUGAAUCAUAGUAAAUGUUAUUGUUAAAAGACGAGCUCAGCAAUGUUUGUGGUUACCUUCCGUUUCCUGACUUCCUCUGUAUAUUAAGUUGCUUACUUCCGUUUCCUUUCGAUUUAUUAUAUAUUUGACUUUCGAUGUACUUUUAUGAGCCGCGGCUUUGACUUAUCAUUCGGGAGUUCGUAUUAUACCAUAUAUUAUACUAAUUUCUAGUUAUAGGACUUGCGUUUAGUUUUCAUGUAUAUCCUUUGAGGUUUGAAAUGUAUUUUGCAUUUUUCAAAUAUAUGCUUUAAACUUUCGUUUUAUUUAUUUAUUUUUUUUAGUUUAAUUAUUAAUUAAAUUUUAUCUUGAUAUUUUCAACAUUAUAUUGAGAGUUAUAACAUGUUGAUAUGUUUGAUUAUUACUUAUUUACUUGAAAUAAUUUUGACCGGAACGGAACGCCAUGAAGGAUGCAUGGUAGUAAUAUAUUAUGGAUGAAACCAGAGGAUUGAAACCGAAACCGAUAUUAUUCCGCCAUUAAAAUGGCCGCCAAGCAGGUUUGGGAGCACAAUAUGCUGUGGUUGACAAUGACUCUCUAAUGAUACGCGAGGAAAAUAAGUCUCAUUUACAAAAGAGAUCAAUUGUAACUUCAUUGUACUGUAAAGGGUAUUUCAUUGAGUUGUUCGUACAUUGACAUGUCCCAUUAUGCUUGAUUUAAAUUUGAAAAGCUAUACUAUUUUUUAUACACGGCAGAAUAACAAUUAUAUUAACUAGGCAGAGUAACAAUAGGACACGAAGUCCCUUACAAGGUUAACUGCUUCACUCCCACAAUUACACUAACAAUCAAAGUCAGCCAAUAAGUAAAUAAAUUCAUGGUGGUGACAUUGACAUUCUGGACAAAUAAUUUUGUACGACCUGAUGUUGUCCCCAUCAAACACUGAUCGUAGCCUUUCAAAAUAGAAUUCUUUCAACUUCACUCUGAACUCAGUUAAGGAACUGCUAGAUUCCAAAUAUUUACAAUACGUACAAAAUAAGAAUCUAUAAAACUGGAAGUUUUCAAAGUACAGUUCUGUCGUAAAUACAGACCUAAAGACGAGCGCCUUGUAACUCCAGCAGAAAAGUUAAGUAUAAUUAGAUAAAUCUAUACUGUAGUAUAUAUGCCUACUUUACUAAUAGCUUUAACUGGACAAGUCGAUCGUGAUAGUUUGCCUCAGUAUAUAAGCGAACGUAAAGCCUCAUUAAUAUCAUUAUCGUGAUUCAAGCUACGCAAAAUUGGUGAUUCUUAUUGGAUGCGGACCCUCUUGCCGUGUUAGCCAUAUGAUAAUUAUUUGUCUCCAUGAUCACUCAUGAUGUCUUUAGUUUAUAUAUAGCUAUUGUAAAAUAUAGCGCACAGAAUCGUUUGAAUGCUGUUGUAUAAGCAUUGAAUUAUUUGCAUACAGUUUUAAGAUAUUAUGUAACGUAUAAUAGGUAAUUAAUAGCUUUAUUAUAGCAUGACCAUAAAUUUACAGUAUUACUAAAGCAUUACAAACAUGCAAUAUAUAGAAGAAACUAUGAUAAACUAGGACUAUUACAGAUUACUAUUUGUGGAAUGAUUUAUACUAGACUAAUACAAUAUUAAGAAGAAUUAAGAGGACAGAAAGAAGACAAGUAUGCUAUUUACAAAUAAGGUGGUUAUUACAACCUUUGCUAAUCUGCAUGCAUUCCCGGUUUCAAGGGCAUGUAGUAAAACACUGACUACCGGAACACCGGAACACCACCACUUUGUUUGGGGUUAGGGUUAGGGUUUGGGGUUAGGGUUGGUGUUGGGGUUAGGUGGUGUUCCGGUAGUCAGUGUUUUACUACAUGCCGGUUUCAAGGUAUUCAAGUCUUUGCUCGAAACAUGAGUAAACAAAUUUUGAAAGUUUGGUUAUGAUUUCACUACAGUUGACUUCAUUCUGUCCGUAGCCUGCGAACAGGCUCUCAAGCUGAAUUGAGAGCCUGCAUCGAUGACUAAUGAAUUUGAAUAUCUGCCCCGUAACGUUCGUUUUUCCAAAUAUGGAAUGUCUAUCCUUAUAUGGUGUUGUUUACAACUUUCGUGCAAACUAAAUUUAGACCGUGCAACCUAAAUUUAGACCGUACAGUUUAUACUGUUUUUCGAAAUAUAAGAUAUUCAAGCAAAAGUUCAAAUGUUUUAAAUACUGUUUUCUCAAAACAGAACAUUUUGUGCCUUGAGAUAAGACGGCCAAGACCAAUUUGAUCAGUUAAUGUGUUUUUUAUGCAUAGUGCUUCAGCAGUUGACAUAUAUAGAGCUCAGCGGAAACAUAUAAAUUAUAGCAUCUGACCAAUGAGAAUUUCGCGUCACGAUUUGAGACGCAGAUAUUCAAAUUCAUUAGUCAUCGAUGCAGGCUCUCAAUUCAGCUUGAGCCUGUUCGCAGGCUAUUCUGUCCGCUGAUAGAGUUUGAUAGUUUAGAUUAAUCUCGUCAGAUGAAGCAUUCUCUAGUGAACUUCGAAGGUUUGCCGACGAGUUGCUCAUAGGCUUUGCAAGAUAGAAGAUGGGUUUUUUACUUUCCACCUCUCCUGAAUUGCAGAUUUUACAUAAGCGUUCUUCACGCGGUAUAUUUUGAUAGUGCCCGAUCUCAAUUUGGAGGUUAUGGUUGCUGAUUCUAAAUCUUGAAAGACAUUUUCUUUUGUAUGGAUCUUUCACAAGUAAUGGUAUAUGGUAUGGUAUGGUAAAACUUCAUUUAAACACGCCAGCCUCGAUCAACGUGAACUGCUUUUCAUGAGGGGCGUCACACAAUAACUAUUUACAAAUUAAAGAAUAUAUACACAUUAAACCAUAUACAAGUUAAACUAUAUAUAUAGAAAAUCAAGGAAGCAAAGGAUAAUAGAAAAGUAGGAAUUGUAUAAAAACUUUAAAAGCGAUCCAAAGGAGCACUGUCAUUUUCAAGGAGUUAAUUUAACUCCAGUGGUAUUAUUCUGCAUGCAUGAACCUAAUUUUACUCCACAUUUGGAGUUAAUUGAGGUACAGUAUAACUCCAGCGGAGUUAAAGUAACUCCCCGAAAUUAACAGUGAGGUGUUCGUGCCGGACGUAUUUUUCUUUUAAAAGAAGAAAGGGUUUCAGAAUUUUUUGAAUCCUCACAAAGAUGAUUCCAUGGCAUGGCACCUCUAUAUCGAAAACUUUUCUUUAAAAAUUCACUAUUAGGCUUAGUUAGGCAUAGGUCCGUAUCGCUACUACGCAAAUCAUAAUUAGACUGAAUUGUGUUUCUUCUGCAGAAACACUCGUUUAGAUUAGGGGCAGUGUGGUUAUCAAGUAUUUUGUACAUCAUCAUUAAUUUACUUUCUAAACGUUUCACAUCAAGUGUUUGCCAACCGAGAGCAUCCAAAACAUCAGUAGACCUAAUAUCAUAACUGACUCCAGUAAUAACUCUAGCUGCACGGGAUUGAAAUUUAUGUAGUUUAUCUUGAAAUGUUUUCCCACAGAUAUCCCACAAAGGGGAACAAUAAUCAAAGGAGGUUGAAUUAAUGCUUUGUAAAUUGUUUGCAGAGGGGACAAAGGGCUUUAUACGUUUCAUGGCCUCAAUUCCACCACUGACUUUACAACAUAUCGAAUCGAAGUGUGCAUGCAUCCCAAGUUAAUUUUUCGUCAAUGUCCAUCCCUAAACAUGUAUAUUUACUGGUUGGAGGGACUGGGGUAUUAUUCAUCAAUAUUGGCGUAUUUCAAAUUUUAUUGAUAAGGUUAUAAGAUGACGCAAUAAACAUGACUUUUGUUUUGGUGGGAUGAUGUUGAAGAUUAUUUUUUAAAAGCCACCUCUGAAUAUAAUUUAGAUUAUCAUAGUCAUAGUUCAUGAUAUAUUGUGAUUGUAAUUAUAUAUUUAGUGUAAUUUUUGUAAAUGUUUUGGUGGGACUUAAUAAGGAACAAAUAGUUCUGUUGUCCUUUCCAUCAAUCGUGCGAUUGUUAAGUUAAUAAAAAAUAAAUAAAAAAUUAAAUUUUGAGCUAAUGUCUCAAAAUCAUAUGAGGAAGACGAAAUUUGAGUAUCGUCUGCAUAUAGAGAUACGGAGUUGUUUUUUUUCAAGUGAUCUCGCAUGUCGUUUAAAUAAAGUAAAAAUAAGUUUUCGAGGUUGUGGUCCGUUUUGAAUGUUGAGUAGAAAGUCAGUUUGGAUGAAUUUUCAAGUUUAUGUUUCCAACAUGUUAAGUAUUUUUCCUCAAGGGUUUUGGUAAUAGUUUUAAUGUGUUCAGUCGCUACGGCUUCCAAAUUAAGGAUUUCUUCAUUUAGAUUUAAAUUUUUGAUAGUAUCCAUUGCAUUUCCGUAAAAAGAGAUUUUCUGCUUGGAGUGCAGAUCUUUCGCGAUUAGAAAAGCUUGCUUCGCAAUGGUUGUUUGGGGAAGAGAGUUUAAGUGAGUGAUGUAUUUGAAGACCCUUUUAUAUACGUUCAUGAUGAGAGGGAGUUUUCCAAGCUCAGCUCUGGAGCCAAUGUUACUUGCUUUCCUACUGAUAGCGAGGUAAAUUUUACAGAACUUAAGAUGAACUUUUCAAUUGGUGAUUUGUCCCAAAUGUUGAAAUCAUUUAUCACGUAUAUGUCCCCCAUACUUCCGAGUUGUAUACUAGGAUAGCAGUUAUAAUUGAAUCAAAUAUUUUAAUGGCAUAUUUGAGAUUGAGGCCAACGUAUAGAUACCAUAGAUAAUAGAUACGCGGUAAAGCAAGGCGAAAAAUGGAUGACAACAUGAUCAUUGUGAAUCUUACUAUGCUUAACAUAAAUGCAAUUUGUGACGUGCUUUUCUUUGUUAAAAUAUCAAUUAUUAUUAAAUUAUAAAUGCUGCUUUUGACGAGUCAGUGAAAGAGAGCAAUGCUGAAGCCGAAUUGAACGCCCUCCUAAACAUUUAGAGCAUCUUUUCGAAUAAUUUUAUCAGGUAAUUGCUUUAAUUUAAAAGUUCCUUUCCACGACCGCGACCCUACAAUGUGAUGCGUUUCUUUCAGUCUUUCGUACACGACGAGGUGGCAUUUUAACGUCCUACUUCUUUUAGCUUUUAUCUACAUGUAGUUUACUUGUUUAGAAAUUAUUGUCGAUCAUUUGAAUUUUGAAUAUGUUCGCCUUCGCAAAUCCCACAUACAUACAUACAUACAUACAUACAUACAUACAUACAUACAUACAUACAUACAUACAUACAUACAUACAUACAUACAUGCAUGCAUGCAUGCAUGUAUGUACCAAUCAUGGAGAUUAGCAUGCAUGCAUGCAUGCAUGCUAAUCUCCAUGAUUUAGGAAUUUUUUAUCAUUCAAUUUUUAAUGCUUUGAUCGUUUCCUAUGAUUUACUUCUUUAAAUGACAUAUGUGAAUAUGUGCAGAGUUUGGUCUUUUGCUAAUAUAGUAUUCUCAUAUAUUGCUGAAAUGUUGUUUUUAUGGAGAAAGAAAUUGACUCAAUAACAUCGACACAGACAAUGAGUAUUAUAAUAUCAGUUAGCAUCAUAACAUGCAAAUUGCAAUUUUUCUAUAUCACAAUAUGUGCAGAUUAAGACUAUGUUCUGUGUUUCGACAUGUGUUGAGUAUAUUUGUUUACAAUUAUUACAACCUCAAUAAACCAAGUUUCAUGCCGUUUGGCGUGAACAGUUUCGAGGAGUUCUAGACUAUACUGUAGCGCGGUUUCCCAACAACUUAACCGAAUAACUAAACCAUGGGCCAUGGCAAGCAAGGGAGUUAGUUAUAUUAUUCCAGUUGAUCAUAACAAGCUGUUUUGCAGAUCCAGCACGCACUGUUGCCAAAACGCAGUUUACUCCUUACCAUGGUCGACAAAAUCGAUCGGUCAAAAUAACUCAUUGGCUGCCAGUCAAAUCCUUAUCGAGUGUCAAUUUACAAAACUCAAGGCAGAAGUAAAGCCUGGUUCACAUAUGCCUGCGGUGUGUCGGCGGGCUAUUGUCUUUAGCAGUUCAACCAAAUAAUUCACAAAAGAAUGUAUGCAUCAACAGCUGUAAACAAUGACGUCGCCGGCAUAUGUGAACCAGGCUUAACCAACAACCUGUUAUGGUAUCAUAGAGAAAGAGAUCACUAUAAUUAUAUGUGUGCAAAUAGUCGGCCUAUUAUUUUAAGUUUCACUUAGGUCGCUUAAUUUGAGUAAUUUUAAGUUGCUUUAAGUCGUUAGCAUAUAUUUCACAGAUCCAACCAAUCACAACUUGGACUUUUACGUAAAUACAUCUGUAUAAUUGAAUAUAAGCUAUGCUAAGUCCUUCGGUGUAGGUCAACCCAUAUAAAUUUAGUUGCUCUACGUUGAACAGACUCUAGCAAUAAGAUAUUACGAAUAACGGACUGAGAGGGGGGCACAAUUGGCUACAAUAACCGAAACGAGAUCUAACAAUUGCUUUUUAAAGGGACUUUAAGGGCAUUACGAGACAUGUCUUUUGAACAGUUUCUUCUUAAAAAUCCAAGCAUUCGGGUUGUUCUAGCUGUAAUAUUUAUAUGAUCAAUGUGAGAAUUCCAAGAAAGGUCAUAAGAUAUUGACACUCCAAGGUCGACUUGACACACACUUCAAUUUUUCGUUCCUGGAAUCGACGCAUGCAAUAAGAACGGUCAAAUCCUUGGAGUUUCCUUGUAACUUUCACAAGUCAGAUUAAAGAUCAAAACAGUCUUGAACAGAUGUAAUACAUAUUAAACAUAUAGAGGUUGAGGGCUUUGUAUUUUCAAAUCUUCGGCAUUUUCAUAUAUUCGGUUCAGUGCACGCUAUGAAGACAGAAAUACCACCAUUCGAUUCAGAGAUAGAAGAUCAACUAAUUCCUCAUGAUAGUUAUAAUCAUUAUCAACAUUGUAGCGAUUUAUGGGCCUUUGAACUCAAACGAAAUCGUAUACUAUCACAGUUAUGCAAUUGUCUGAACAAAAAUAGACUAGCCAUACCUUUCGCCGAACAUAUUAAACUUCGGCCCCUCGAACAUAUCGUCUUUGUAAUAGUCUUGUUCGAAUCGCUAUCACAAACACUAUUUAGAGUGUUAUUUGCAAGCUUGUAUCUUCAAAUUUGCAUCUUUUAUCACGGUAUUUCCAAUUCCAUUUCUGGUCCGACUGUGAGCUCGAAGUGAGCUGACCAAACCGGAAAUACAACUUAAACAAGUCAAAACAAUACGACGUUCGGUAUCGUAUGACUCUGGAAAUGCCAGCCCCUCGAUGGCUAUCUUUGAAUAAAACAGGGGAACGGGGAAUCCAGGAAUCGUGAUAAUUUAUAAUACUAAUUUAUAUUUAAUUAAGCUGAUGAGACGGGGAUUAGUGUGCUUGUUGGAAAACGCAUUUGUUUAGAAUAAUACAGACGAUAAACACACAGUAUACACUGCAAAUCAGCAGUAUAUAGCUCAUGCUUUAUAUGAUAAAUGUAUUAUCUAUGUAUAUAGCUCAUGCUAUAUAUAUAGCUCAUGCUUUAUAUGAUAAAUGUAUUAUCUAUGUGAUAAUGUAUAUCUCGAUGUAAUCUAGUAAUCAUGAAUUUUUUCUAGUAAUCAUAUAGUUUUAUUAAUUUCAAUCAGACAUUAGCUGCGUCUAUCUAGUUUUGUUCCAACGCGCAAGUUUUUUGAAUUAAUAGACUGCAAAAUGCAUGCAUCAUAAAGGAGACGGGUUAACAUUAAAAACCCCACGCUACAUGUUAAAUAUUAAAGCAAACAGGCGCAUUUUAGUUUUCAUUCACGGAUACUUUGUAACCCCAAAUUAUUGAAUACUUUACCAUAUUUUGGAUUGCUUUUAAUUAAACAACUAAAAAUCGCGCAGGUUUUGUGUAAGCCAAGGUGUUGGAGUUUAACUACAUUCUGUUAGGUUUCGGGUCAUAUAUGUCCGUCUGAUCUAGAAAGAUAUCAGUGCAUCUCAUAUUACAUUUGCGAGUGACACGCAUAGUACUGUGUCAAUAGCUUUGUUAUUAAUUAAACGCCACACAAUCCCUAUAUUUUCCGCAUUUUACAACAUUUCGCAACCAAAUGUUCUUUCUAUUAAUUUAUGUUCUUUCUAGCUUGCCUAGAACAAAUUUAGCUUGUCUAUAAUGGGAAUCUAAAAAGCACGCCAAAGUUGGAUUACCUUUUGUACACUCUUUAUAUAAAUUGUUAUACAAUUCAAUACAUUCCCGGAUUCCCCAAUUCCCGGAAUCCCCAAUUCCCGGAAUCCCCAAUUUCCCAAUUCCCGGAUUUCCCAAUUCCCGGAUUUCCCAAUUCCCGGAUUCCCCAAUUCCCGGAUUCCCCAAUUCCUGUUUUAAGGAUAGCCGUAAUCGAUUCUACAGGUCAAAGUGCACCGUGAGAUUGACGUCAUCCCGGCUACAGGAACUCCUUAUUGGCCAUGAAACUGUUUAAGAAGUUGCUUUAAAUUCCAAAGAGCAGAAAAUCGUGAGCUUACAAAGAUAUUUUAAUUUCUUCAAUACUCAUAUUAUAUGCAUCAUGUCGAUCAUAUUUACGUGUCUUUGCGUUCAGUUGGUGCUGAGGCGUUCGGAUUCUGGCAGUGCGUUGUUUCAGUGGUUUUGGGGUUUUUGGGACACCCUGUAUACAGUAUACUGCGAAUUAAAAGGUUUUUAAUUGUAUGUUAGAUGAAUAUUUGUUGAAUUAAUUUGUACUCAAUAAAGUUUAACAAACACAAAAACACAAGUAUAGCACGUGACACGCGCGUGCGAGCAAAACCCGACAUCUUCAAAAAUUCAAAAUAAAUAUUUCUACCACAGCUGCCCAAAAGUGCGUGUUGUAAUUUUUACCCUCGCGCGUGGCGCUCGGGCAUGCAUCGAGUCUACUCAGUUUAUUAUUAUGACAAGCCGUUUAUUAUUAUGACAACCUUAGAAUGAACUUUUGAAGUUAAAACUUUGAGAGAAUGUAGUAAAAUUACCAGUGUUUGAAAUGAUGUAGAUUUUAUAUUGUUUUUGUUUGUAAUUUGCGAAAUAUUCAUACUCUAGUAAACGUUGUAAUAAAUUUCCGUUAAAAGUCUUGCCAACCUUGUCAUAAUAAUAAACUGAGUAGACUCGAUGCAUAAACUGAGUAGACUCGAUGCAUGAAAAAUAAGUAAUGUUUUGACGGCAUUUGACCCCCCCCCCCCGUUCGAAAGGUUAUUUUUCAGCCACCUCAGUAAACGAAUUAUCAGUCUUAUGUUUGAUUCGAAAGGAAUCAAUUGCUUAAAUGUUAAAUCCAUUUAGAACUGCCACUUGUUGCCUACCCUUCUACACAAAUUUGCAAUAUGGUCAUAAAAAUUAAGCUUAUUAUCUAACGUAACCCCCAGAAGCUUCACAGAUGGCGUUUGUUGAAGCAGUCAAGCAGAAGUCCUAAAACAGAGCCCUGUGGGAUCCCUCUGCUCGUUUCCACCCAGUCAGAAGUUUUAUCGAGGAUUUUAACUCCUCGUCAUUUUGUGACGAAGUUCCUGAUUAGCUGAGUACUCUACUACUGAUUUAGAUGGGCCAAAGCUUUGCUAGAAGUAAUUCGUGCGGCAAGCUAUCAAAAAUGCUUUGCUAAGAUAAUAAUGAAAACUUUAUUAAAUGGAUAUUUAGCUUAUAUAUACAAUUGCAAAUCUCACUUAUAUGAGGUAAUUUACAACUGGCUACUUAAUCACUGAUGAUAAAUACAAAAUAACUAUUAAGAUAACAAAAUGACAGUACGACGUUUAAACAGUAAACAGUUCCGGAUUCAUCCAGUCCUUGUUUCAACAACAAAAUAUAUAAAUAUAAUACGUUGUUCGGAUUGCAAUCGUCGUCAUUCUUCUAAUACAGUAGUUUUGAUGUUGUUUUGGAAAACCAAAAUCAUUAAGCAUUUCUAUGAAAGUAGAACAUUCUUUACCGAAAACACCAAGAGAACUAAUCGAAAGAUUUACAAAUUUUACUGAGUUGAAAUGUUCAUUUUGUUCCCUGAAUAAUUCUUUAUAAUAAUAAUAAUAAUGAUAAUGAUAAUAAUAAUGAGUAUGCGGAAAAAAGCUAUAACCACCACGUUGACAGGGAAAGCAGAGUAUUGGAGAACGAUGAAGUAAAAACUCUAUCGGAUUUCUCCAUAAAGAAGUAAAAGAACCAGAUCUAGUAAUAUUGAACAAGGAGGAGAAGACAACCCAUAUAGUGGACGUAGGCUGCCCAUUUGACACAAGAGUAAAGGAGAGGGAAAGACAAAGAUAGAAAAAUACACAGACCUUAAAUAUGAGUUACCAAAGGUAUGGAAAGGGGAAGUGACCAAGGUAUUUACACUGCCAGUCAUCAUAGGUGCCUUGGGAACGAUGACCAACAAUGUACAAAAUAACUUGGACAAGCUGAAAAUAGGACUGAAGUAAUGCAGGGGAUCUCCAAAAGAUUGGACUGCUUCCUUCCUGAGGAAGGUCUUAGACUCGUAACCUGCCAUCAAUAUACUGCAGGAAGUAGCAUUUAUUUAAACAGGGUGACUAGAGUUACACAAAGUAAUUUUCAUCUAGGCUCUAAGUAAUAUAUUAUUACUAUCGAUGCAAUAGAAGUGUUGAUAAAAUAUUGCAUUAAUUCAUUUCCUCAAGUUGAUCAAUUCAUUUGAUAGAAAAUUGAUCAACUUCCUGUAACUUACUGAGCCAAUUAGAUUUCAUUUCAGAACUGACCAAUACGAAACGCACAGGACGUAAAAAGAAAUUUGAAUUCGUAUGAAUUGAUAAACUUGAGAAAAUUAAUUGAUGCAAUAUUUUAUCAACACUUCUAUUGCAUCGACAGUAAUACUAAGACUAUAAAUAUCAAUAUAAAGAGUAACUAAUUUAAGUAGUUUUUACGAAAUGAGGAAAAUGAUAUUGGGUAUCUCACACUAUCAGCUAGUAAUAGAUUCCAUUCAUUAGCUGCCAAGAAGGCAAAAGUACAUUCACCAGCAUUAGUGUUCACUUUUGGAAGCUUCAAGUUGUUAUUUGUAAAGCUACGAGUAUUUACAUUAUGUACUUUGCUAAAAGGUAAAAGUAAACUAGUAAUAUAACUUGGAGAUAGAUUAUUUAACACUUUAUAAACUGUACUGGCACGGAAAUAUCGUAUUCUCUUGUGAACUGGAAGCCAUCCAAGUUCCAAAAAUAAAGGCAAUGAAAAUGAGGGUGUCUUAUGAUCGCAAUCUAAAAUCAGUCCGGCAGCUCUCUUCUGAAGACGAUGAAGUCUGUCCAAGUUUUGGGUAGAUGUAUUCCCCCAAAUCACACUUGUAACAGUAAGUCAGUAAUCCAUCAAGGAGAGAAUUAAACAUCGGUAGAAGGCUUUAUGAGCGUUUAGUGGCAGAUGGUGAUGUAUUCGUCGUAGUAUUCCUAAUCUUUGAGAUAUCUUUUUACACAACAGAUCGAUAUGCAGACCAGCUCAAAGUUUGAUCGAACUGAACACCAAGUAAUCUUCCAUCAAGCACAGUUUCAAUUUGGAAAUCAUUUAUAGUAAUGUUUAAAUCCUGCGGGAUCUCAUACACUUUCCUGGUUGAUGCUAUAAACAUUGCCUUAGUUUUCUGUUCGUUGAGAACCAUUUUAUUCGUUUUGUUUUUACCCAUUGUAUAAUGGGUAAAAUUUCGGUACUGAGUUGUUCUUGUACACUCUGGACUGAACAACCAGAUACAUACUGAGUAGAAUCAUCUUCAAACAUAUCUAUUUGGGUGUCACUCAGGUGUAAGGGAAGGUCAUUCAUAUGGAUAAUAAUAAGGGCCUAGAAUUGACCCUUGCAGUACACCUGAUUUAAUGGAUGCUUUAGAAGAAAGCACAUUUUCGAUUUUCACUUGAAAUUCUGAGUCUUUGAGGUGAGAAGUAAACCAAGACAAUGCGUGAUGCUAAUGAUCGUCCAAACCAUACAAGUGCAAUUUCUGGAGCAGUAAUGAAUGAUCAACAAGAUCAAAGGCUUUACGUAGACCUAUUAACAUUGUUUAUAAAGGAACACUCUACUAAAAAUAUAUUGAGGUGCAAACAAGAGAUUGUACUUACGUUAGGUUAGGUUACUGGCGAAGUUUGAAAAGACAAUUCUUUUUAGGUAAGGAGGAAUUGCUCAUCGAAGUUUGUAAAAUCUCUGUUAUUUACAUGCGGCUAAAUCGAGGAAUGCACACAUUAUUUGCCCGACGCCAUCUUGAAUUCCGCGCAAGACCUCAUUGACCUGGGUCUCAGUUAUGAUGUCAUAGUAUCAACCAUGAAUGAUGUAAUCAAAACAAACGUAUUCGCGGGAAAAUUAAAAUAGUGGAUUUUGAUUGGAUAAUUGUCGCUCGCUCAUGCCCAGUAUGGCCGUUUGGAAUGUUGGAAUUUUGGCUCCCAAAUAAUCAAGACCUCUGAAUCAAGACCAACAGCUGCAUUCGUCUCAAAUUUAAGCAGUUGGCUCUUCACAAAGUCUACAUCAUCCAUUGCAAUACUGAACUUAGUGUCACUUAAGCAGUUAAGCAUUUGAACUCGAUAAAUUUCUUUAGUUUAUGAAAGCUUGUUGUAAGUAUAGGUGUUUUAACCAUAAAUUCAGAUGUAAUAUUAGCAAAAUACCUACAGAAAGAAUCAGCUAUCCCAUGGGAGUCCUUGAUCUCGACCCCAUCCUCUUUUAUUGAUCUUACAGAGAAGGAUUUUUUAUCACGUUUCAAGAUGCCAUUAAUCGAGUUCCACAUUUUUCCAGGGUGACCUUCGUUUUCUUCAAUAGAUGAUCUGUAAAAUUCCCGUUUGCUUCUUUUUAUUAGCCAGACUACUUCGUUACGCGCUCUACAGUAAAGACGCCACUCCUCAGUGUUUCUGUUGGCUUUACCAGAAACAUUAAUAGCCUCUUUAAGAAGACGAUCUCGUUUCUUCAUCUCAGACAAGAUUUCUGGUUUCAUCCAAGGGGGCUGGCGCCAUAAUUUAACACGUUUCUCUUUCAUAGGCGCGUGAUCAUUGAUAAAGUCAUUGAAUAAUCGCUCAAAUGUAUCUAAGGCUACAUCCGAAUCAGUUAUCAGUGUCAAUAGCAGCCUUAAUAGCAGCCUUAAUAGCAGCCUUAAUAGCAACUCUUACCAAGGAAUGUUCUCAAGGUCCUUGAUGAACUUAGCGCUAUCAAACAUCUUAAAACAACGAUAUUUAAUAGUUAAAUGAGACUUUGCUUUGCAUAGUCCCCAGGAUCAAGUGUAACAACCCCGACAUACUGUUAGGCAUCAAGAUUAAACUUCCAAUUUUCCAUUAGAUUAAGUAACGACGUACGACAUCCAUGAUAUUUACGAAAAGCCGAUUGAUUACGAACCAAUAGUAGACAUUUUUCGAAUAUGGUGUCAAAUAUAAUUAAUACCAGCUCAGGUCUAUACAGGAUUUCUCCAUAUUAUCCUGAUCCUGCCCCUUCUUAAAUAUUGGAGUUAAUUGGCCAGAUUUCCAAUCAAUAGGAAUGUUACCAAGUCGAAUUUAUUAAAUUUGUCAGUGGCUGGAUAAUAAAAAUGAGAAAACUUUAUUUAAUCAUUUUGUUGUAUACUACAUUAAAAAGGACAAAAAUUUAUUUAAGAGUUAGUAUUUGUCCAUGAGAUAAAAUUGUUUUUGUUUAUCUGUCCAUAAAAACACGACCUGAACUACGGGUUAAACUACACUGUUAUCAAUAAAAGUCUAAACAAUUAACAAUCCUUCCGAUUUCGCUAAGUAUUUCAAUGCUGUUGAUGUCAUAGUUCACUUCUUGCUUAAUUGUUCUAGAUCCUCUUAAGCACAAUACUGCAGAUCUUAGUAAAUUAAAAGACAGUUUUGCCAAUGCAUUACCAUGCUAUGUUCGACCUACUUCCUCCCCGACAGUUUCAACGCAAGUUCUGCAAGGAAUCGCUCAGUUUCUCUACUAUUUCCCCCAUAAGGCGUGAAGAUUAAUGGAGUAAAGGAACCAUGCUCAACACUCGUUGAUUGUAUUGUCUCUUCUUUUCGUUUUCGUUGCUUCCGAACGCUGUGUCCAAUUUCUGGUUAUUAAGGUGACUCUUUGCGAAUGGGUUAAAAACCCUUACAUCAUAAAAUGCACGUUGCCCCCUUUGCCAGUUAGCAGCCAGCAUAUUUUUAGAUAUUCUUUCUGAUCAGCAUGCAAUAGAGGUGUCAGAAAUUCUGACAGCCAGGGGCGGCGGAAAGCCGAUAAUUGGGGGGGGGCUGAUAUUCAUAUAUUCAUGUUCUGCAUCAUUUAUUUCCUUUGAAAGCGAUUGUUUUUACAGUCUGUGAACACGAAUAUAUGAAUAUCAGCCCCCCCUCAAUUAUCGACUUUCCGCCACCCCUGCUGACAACCCUAUCACUUAGCAUAUUUUUUAGAUAUUCUCUCUGGCCAGCAUUUGGGGUGUCCAAAAUUCUGACAACCCUAUCCGUUAGAAUUUGUUUAGAGAUUCUCUCUGGCCGGCAAUAGAAGUGUCAGAAUUCUGACAACCCUACAAUUAGCAUAUUUUUUUGAUAUUCCCUCCGGCCAGCAAUAGGGGUGUCCGACAUUCUGACAACCCUAUUAGUUAGCAAUUUUUUAGGUAUUUUCUCUGGCCAGCUAUAGGGGUGUCCGAAAUUCUGACAACCCUAUUAGUUAGCAUAUUUUUUUAGAUAUUCCCUCCGGCCAGCAAUACUUGUGUCCCGUGUCCGAAAUUCUCACAACCCUAUUAGUUAACAUAUUUUUUAGGUAUUUUUCUGACCAGCAAUACUUGUGUCCGAAAUUCUCACAACCCUGUUAGUUAGCAUAUUUUCUGGCCAGAAAUAGGGGUGUCAGAAAUUCUGACAACGAACCCUAUCAGUUAGCAUAUAUUUUAGAUGUUCUCUCUGGCCAGCAAUAGGGGUGUCAGAAAUCCUGACAACCCUAUCAACUAGCAUAUUUUUUAGAUAUUCUCUCUGCUCAGCAAUAGGAGUGUCAGAAAUUCUGACAACCCUAUCAGUUAGCAUAUUUUUCAGAUAUUCUCUCUGGCCAGCAAUGGAAGUGUCAGAAAUUCUGACAACCCUAUAUCAGUUAACAUUUUUUACAAAAGUACGUUCAAGUAUUUUGCAGACAGUAAAUUUAAUUCUGUUAAAAUGCAACUAUUUGGAUACAAAAUGAAAUCUUUUUUCAGUAGUCCACACAUUUAAGGAAUUAAAAGAUAAAUUUUUCAAUACUUCGCACAAUUGCACUCGAAAAACAAAAAAAUAAGAGUUUUAUUACUUUUUGAGGGAAAUCAACAUAAGUAUAGCAUAAAAAUGGGCUAGAAAUCUUGGUAACAUAUCACACAGUUAAAAUAAAUGUUUUAUGCGAAUAUAUUUUCGGCAAAAUUUAGUGGAAAAUAACAAAAAUUUACUUCAUACUCCUUCGAAUCUGCAUAAUAUCAAAUUAUUUUGAUAUUUUGCCGAAAGAUUACAUAAAUUCCGCGCACAAAUAAUACUCAAAAUAGGCAUUUUGGAAUUUCUCAAAAUUGUUUGGAACGCGUUAUAAGCUGAGGUUAAAAAUGUGAAUUCACGGAUUUCUUGUUCAUCCCUAGUUUACAUGGUAAUUUGUACUGUUUGUUUGCUGUCCCCAAGUUUGUCCAGUGAGAACAGUUGUUAAGGACAACAUAAAUGUUGCUCUUUCUAUUUAGGUCUAAAAUGUGGAGUCAACGUUAACAUGGCUGACUAUCUCAAGAAACUUUCAAUGUUCCACGAUAAUAAUUACGUACCAAAUGUGAGCAGAAAAAAACCUGAUGUUAGCCAUGAGAAAGAUAUUGAGGAGCUUGUUCUGCCGUAAGUAUUGAAAGUUCUUCUUUUUUUACUGUAAUAAUAUAUUCUGUGAUUACUUGUAUAUUUAGAGAUAGUUGUAAACCUGUAAGUGUAUUACUAAAUUAAUACAUUCAAGUAAAAUUUGAAUGGAAUGCUAAUGAAAUUAAGUGGAAUUCAAAACAUUGUAAUGAAAUAAAAACUCAAAAGUAUAAAAUAUUAGAAUAUGAUAGAAUUGAAUAGAAUGGAAGAGAAUAGAAUGGAAUGAAAUAGAAUGGAAUGAAAUAAAAUACAAUGUAAUGGAAUACAAUGGAGUACAAUGAAAUGGGCCUUAUGCAGGUUUCCGUCCAAUUUCCAGGAAUUUCAGUUACAAUACUGGACGUUUUAUAUAUGUUGUUUAUAUCAUUAUUACGAGUGUUCACCAACCAAAAUUUUGACUGAAUAGGAUUAAUUCCUCCUGAGUUACAGUGUAUUGGAAAAUAAAAGUGCUGACAUCAGCAUUAUUUUCAAACGCCUUCAGAAACUGUGUUAUAUACAAACACGAACAUUCUUAGAACGGUGAAAUUAAAAAUUUACGGUAAAGUUUGUUGACAGCAAAGUUUGUUUAAAGAGUAUUUCGAGACUUCUUACCUGAUAUAAGCAAGAAUCUAAACGUUUUGGCCCAAACUCGCCUUUAUUUUAGCAUUUGAUUUUUGGAUAAAUGCUUGGUGGUAUAAAAUGGCCAAUUUUAUACCACCAAGCGCUUAUUCAAAAAUCAAAUGCUAAAAUAAAUGCGAGUUUGAGCUAAAAUGUUUAAAUUCCUCUUUAUAUCAGAUAUGAAGUCCCGUCUUAACCUUAACCAAGAAUGUUCAACUAAAUUUUGUGUAUAACAGUUUCUGAAGGCGUUCAAAAAUAAUGCUGAUGUCAGCACUUUUAUUUUUCAAGAGCUGUAACUGAGGAGGAAUUAACCCUAUUGAUUCAAAAUUUUUGAUGAACACUCGUAAUAAUGAUAUAAACAACAUAUAAAACGUCCAGUAUUGUAACUGAAAUUCCUGGAAAUUGGAUGGAAACCUGCAUAUAACGCCCAUUGAUUAGAAUGGAACAGAAUAGAAUUAAAUGAAAUGGAAUAGACUGGAAUAGAAUGGAAUGAACUGAAAUGGAGUUCAUUGGAAUAGAAUGAAAUAGAAUGAAAUGGAAUAGACUGGAUUACAAUAGAAUGGAAUAGAAUAGCAUGAAAUGGAAUGGAAUAUAAUAGAAUGAAAUGGAAUAGAAUUAAAUUGAACAGAAUGGAUUAGAAUGAAGUAGAAUGGAGUAAAUAAAAUGGGAUAGAAGGAAAUGGAACAGGAUCAAAUGGAAUGAAAUAGAGGGAUAGAAUGGAAUAUAAUAAAAUAGAAUGGAAUGACAUGAAAUGAAAUGAGAUAGAACAGAAUAGAAUAAUGUAGAAUAUAAUGAAAUCUAAUGUAGAAAUAGAAUAGGCAAUAACUGAAUAGAAAUCCAGAACUAUAGAAUUGCAAGGUAACGGAAAAGUAUGAAUAGUUGAUCAAUAUGAUGGGAUGAAAUUAGGAAAAAACAGAAUGAUACUAGGUGAAAAUGUAUUAGAUUUGAAAAUUAGAAUGAAAUAGAAUACAAAUCAAACAGAAUGCAACGUCCCAUUGUGCAUGUAUAUGACACUUCUUCUCUUCACAUCUGACGAAGGUAAUGUGAACGACAUUAAAAUUCAAUGUUGCAAGGUACAGAGUAUUAAAAAUUUCUUCAGAAAGGCCAUAUUUCUGGCAAAGUUUGAUAUGUCAAAAAGUAACACUUUUACAGCACAAAAUUAUUGUACAAAUGCUUUUAACAGCCCACAUACAAAACACUCAAUAUAAUACUGUAGUUUGUAAUUAAAAUACAAGACAUGUCAGAGGUGAUUUUCUUCUAGGUUAUCAGAAUAUGAUGUCCGAGUGUUCUACUAUAUCAAAGAAUAUGCAAAGAAAAAGGACUCCACUAAUAUGCAAAUAGACGAUUGGCUUGAUAUAGCGAUGGAUGUGAAGAAUAAUUAUGACAAAUUUGAUAGUUUUAUUGUCCUCCAUGGAACAGAUACAAUGUCUUAUACAGCUUCAGUACUUUCCUUUAUGUUUCAAAAUUUGGACAAGUCUGUCAUACUUACUGGAUCACAGGUAAGACUGGCUGUGUCAAUCACUCAGGCCCAGUUUUGAUACCAAGGCUGUUGUUUUAAAUAUAUAUUCACAACCAAAGAAUAUCUAAAAACUUAUUACCAGGAGUUUCUCCUGGAAUCAGCCUUUAAACACUCAUGGCUUUGUGAAACGUUAAAGUGGAAGUCAAGUCCGUAUGAAAACAAACGGUUUGUUUACAUUUUGAACUGCUGUAUUUUUUAAAAUAUGAUGUACUGUCUGAAUAUCUAACACAAUUUUGGUUCGCUAUGCUUCUAAAUGAAUAUGAAAUAGAGUUUAUGUUCAGAAAAAUCGAAACAUUCGAAAUUUGGGCAAUGUUUACAUUAGAGGGUCCUCACAUUAUUAUGAGCAGAACCGAUGCGCAGAACGGACUUGACUUCCACUUUAAGGAAAGAAAGGAAAGCAUAUAUACAUUUUACUUGGUAGAAAACACGAGAGAAUGAAAAUAUAACAUGCGUCGUCUGUUUAGUAUGUUUUCUAACAUGGGAUUUGUAUUUGUAAAUUGGAGUGGACCACAUCCAUUUAUUGCGUUUGCUAAUAGAAAUUCUGAGCACAAGCUAUAGCUCAAAAUAUCCAACCAGACACCAAAACAUUAUAUAGAUCGCUUAGAUCACUGGGCGGAAUGAACUCUGGAAAACCGUUAGCAACGUCAAGAAUAGUGUGCUGGUUUUAAAUCAUAAUAAUCUUAGUUUCGAAUUAAUUCGAAUAAUCGUGGUUACGUUUAACAUAAUUUGUUUCAAAUCUAGCAACUUACAGUUUUCGAACAAUGGCAUCAUCUAUUCUUCUUCCUCAAUUAUAUUGCACUGUUACAUUGCUGUAGGUACCAAUAUUCGAACAACGAACUGAUGGUCGGGACAACUUGCUUGGUGCAUUGAUCAUUGCUGGUCAUUUUGUUAUACCAGAGGUUUGUCCAGUUUUGUGGAACAAUGGAACUAUGGAAACUAUUUAUAAAACUGUGGAACUAUGUUUGUAAAUCUGCUCCUUCCAACUGCCACAACAAUACUCUUUCCACCUUUACAGUCAAACCGGAUGUUCUCUUGCGAGCAACAUAGCAAUAUUGUCCCACAAUAUUGCAAUUUUGAUAGGCAGGUUGCUCCGAGCAAUUUGCAACCGACAUGAACAAAUUGCAAGUUGAAAUUCACAAAAGUUUUGUAAACAAAGCCUCUGAUUGGACUAUAAGAAAGGGGGAAGCACCAAUCCAGUUGCUCAGACUAUUUGAUUGGCUUCCCUCUUUCUUAUAAUCCAAUCAGAGGCUUUGCUUACAAAUCUUUUGUGAGUUUCCAACUUGCAAUUUGUUCGCGUCGGUUGCAAUUUGCUGAGAGCAAUCUGCCUAUCAAAAUUGCAAUAUUGUGGGAUAAUAUUGCAAUGUUGCUCGCAAGAGAACAUGCGGUUGACUGUAAUUAUAUCUACACUAGAAAUACAUGCAUGCAACAUGCACCCCUGGCUCACAUAUUCCAAAUAUUGUUUCAACAUGAAGUACUUCAAUAACGCCAACACGGAACGUAGGCUCGCGUCAUGCUAGCCAUGGCAACAGUAGGGCCUGAACUUCAGGUUAUGGCAACAAGAUAAUAGACAAUUCCGGCUAUCGACUAAUUUUUUAUCUAGAUAAGAAAAACGAAAUCUAUCAUUAUAGCUCAAAAGAGCAUCCUAAAAUUAGUAAAAUUACCGGCAAAGUUUGGUUACGAAAUGUUGUAAAAUACGGAAAAUAUAGCCAUGUGAAAUUAGCGAAUUUUCAGUAUUUUACUAGUUAUAAGUUAUGUAUUACGCGCGGUAAAAAUAACCAUUUUUGAGCAGAAAGUGGUUAUUUUCACCGCGCAUAAUUCUAAAAUACUGAAAAUUCGCUAAUUUCACAUGGCUUAUUUUUCGUAUUUUACAACACUUCGCAACCAAACUUUGCAAUUUUACUAAUAUAUUUUAGGCCAUGCUCUAAUUUUGAGCUAUAAUGAUAUAUAUAGAUUUCGCCUUUCUUGCCAUGCACGGAUAAAAAAUUAGUCGAUAGCUGCAAUUGUCUAUUGUUUUCUUAACUUUUUGUUCAAACAGCAAAAAUAUAUUAAUGUUUCACACUUUUAACCACAUAACUAUCGAUUUCUAAUAUAUAUAAAGUAGGUAUGUUAUUUUGCUUUCUAUGCAUGGGCUUUAUUAUAAUGUAAAAUUCAAUUUCAACGCGAAACGGCUUCGUAAAACGUUUUUAAAUGUUCAUUGAAAUUAUAAACUGCUCUUUGGCGAUGAACUCUUCGAUCAACUUUAAUAUUACGAGUAUUUUGAAAUGAAAUAAAUUUAAAUCCUACAGGUAGCUCUUGAAAAUAAUUUUCCUCUUUCUUUUAUAAAAAAUUAAAACAAGUGAACUUUCACAUCAUGAAUGAAAAGGAAAGCUGCAUGUGUGGUUCUGGUUCGAAUUUGUGGAGUUGAGGGUUGUAUGCACUAAUGUUCUUCAUUAUAUAUAAAAACUACUACAAAGACUUUUUUUGAAAUCAUCCAUAUUUAAAAAAAAAAAUUAUUUUAUAUAUUUAGGUAACAUUAUUUUUUGAUGGCAAUUUAUAUCGUGGUAACCGGACAACGAAAAUCAACUGUAGUGGUUUCCAUGCGUUUGAUUCACCCAAUCUUUCGCCGCUCGCAACAGUGAAAAUAAAAAUUGACGGUAAAGUUUGUUUACGGCUGUGAUUUACGAUAUAUAUGCCAAAAGCGCAACAAUAUGGUACAAUAAUAAGUCAAUUACUAGCAUAAUAAUAUACAUAAAAAUAUUACUCGACUGCAGGCCUUAAAAUAUCGGUCAGUCACGGACAAUGUCCGACCCAUUCGUGAAAUUGUCCGACGUAGAGAGGAAACCACCGACCUAUUAUGAUUGUUAUUUUGAUUAAAAAUAUGUUUUAAAAUAAAACUGCGGGUAUGUAUAGGUAUCACCUGCGAGGAAGGUUUACCAUAUGUGAGGUCAGUGAGGAAGGUUUAUGGUGGAACACUCUAACUUCUGGGGACCGUGUUUCUGUAGCAAGCGGUAACAUAUACAUCUGCUAGCAGUCGCCAGCCUGUACUGUUUAUGUGUAUAUAUGUAUGUGAUUACUAGAAAAUACAUGCAUGCAGAAACCCUGCCUUGCUGACAAAACCAUUGUAUCAAAGAUUUAGAUACGAUAAAGAUGUGCCACUCUGCGAAAAUUAUGUCCGAGAUUUUUUUAUAGCCGCCAUUUUGCCAGCAAGUGUCAAAUUCGUCAUAUAGCGCCAUAUAGAGACUGAUAUUCGUCAUAUCAGUCUCGCCGCCAUUUUGGCAGUAAGUGUUAUGCACUCGUCAUCUCGCGUAUAGUCACUCGUGAUCAGCACGGAAAAUUACGGACACGCAAACAUUAGGGAAAUACGUCGAGUGGCACAUCUUUAUCGUAUCUAGCUAAUCUUUGAUGUAUUUUCCGAACAUGAAGUAUCUAAAGUAGUUGUCAUGGUAACACAAUAAUUUUUUAAGAAUAUUCUUACAAAUGAAAAAUCGCCUAAAAAUAUCACUUUUAAUUACAAAAUUAUCAAUUUCCCAACAUAUAUAUGUUAGGUAUAUUAUACGUAAUAUAAGCUUCAAUUUAAGGUCAAUUCAACCACAAACGCUUCGCAAAACGUUUUAAAGUGUUCUUCAUAUAAAAACUAAACUGCCUGGCUUUAAUUAAAUGGAUGUAUAGAUAAACUUUGAGUUUGCAAUAAAAUGAUUUCAAAUUCUCGCAUGCAAAUAACUUUGCUUUCUUUUUUAUUUAAAAAAUUCAAUAUAAUAAAAAAGGGAAUCAAUAUUAAAAAUACACUGAAAUUAUAUGCUGUCUUGUUUAGUUGUUUUAUAUACGCAAACUCGCAAAGUCAAAAGGCCGUCAGGUUUUAAAGCAAUUAUAAAAUCAAUAUUUAAAACAAACUUACCUUCGUUAACGUCGGCUCCCUUCUUUUAGCCGAUUCUUUCGCCCUUUCUUUCUUGAAAUUUACAAAAUCUUGCAAAAAUGCGAUCAAAAAUGAAAUAUAUUUGCAAGAAAUUUAUCAAUCAUCAAAUCAAGAAAUGUUUGCUAUUUCAUUGUCAUCAUACAGUCGUUAUAAUGCAAACUUUAAAUUGGACCAAUCACAGUGUUCGCUAUUCAUGACAGUCCGCCAUAUUUUUGAGAUCAGUGAGGAUGAUCACCCACGCACAUUGAACUAUAAGCCCACGCGCAGUGAGCCACGCCCGCGAUUAUUGGUGAACUUUAAACUUCGCUAAUGCUUUCGUUUCCCCGGGUGUUAAUAGCCGGGGGGGAUUAGUACCCUCGCACGGCGCUUCGCGCCGUCGGCUCGGGGACAAUGCAAUCAACCAGCUGAUCAGUGCUAAAUACUAGUCAUUAGGAAUAAAAAGUGAUUUAAUUUGAAUGAACAUAAUUUAUAUAUUUUGCAAAUUGAAAAAGCUAAUGCAUAUUAUGUUGAGAAAGGUUUGAAAACCUGAAAUUUUAACUGGAAGAAAGUUGAAGAGUUUUUGCUGGGGCUUAAGUUGUCGAAUAUGAAUGACACAAAUUAUUUAAUAUCUUCGCAACAUUUACCGUUCAGAAUUAAUACAUUGUGCUGAUAUUAAUUCGGGUCAUUCAGAGUUAUUUCCGAGGCAAAUUUCCGAGCCAAAUUUCCGAGCCAAAUUUAGGCCAAUUUCUCUGCUAACAAGCUUUUCUAAAUUUUUUGAAAAAGUUAUGCAUAACCGCUUGAGCGAUUUUAUUGAAAGGAUACGAAAUUCUUUACUGCUGUCAAUUUGGUUUUCGAAAGAAUCACUCGACUUCAUUGGCGUUAACUCAUUUGGUUAACAAAAUCACAACAGCUAUUGAUCGUAAAGAGGUUACUGCUGGUGUAUUCCCAGCCUAGUCCCAGUCGUUCUGAAGCAAGCGCGAGAAAAAACGUGGAUGUGGUACAAGACUGGGACCUAGGUGUGACGUCACCGCUAAAGGUGCUCCAGAACGCCUAGCAGAUUUCAGUAUUUUUAAUAUGGCGGAAAAUUUAUAUAUACAAAUAACCUUGUAAAUACGACAAUGUUCGUUGAUCAUGUUCGAUGUCUACAUAACCAAAUUCAAACUGUAUUAAAAAUGUGCUCAAUUAAAAAAAAUUAUAUACAAAUUUACGAUACUGAGUCUGAGCAAUGGUCGUGAAUCGUUGAUCUUAUUUAUAUACUCGCAAGUUGUGAUCAACACUAGACCAUACGUACUGGUAUACACAACUACGCUUUCUACUUGACAGGUUUAAGUAGCUGAGGAGAUUGGAAAUGUUUGCCUGACAUGACAGUCUUGUCAAAACAUUUUUAGUCGGAGACUCGGCAUAAUUUUCAAGCUUCUAGAUAGCAUUUACUAUGGCUUUAUAUUUUAGUAAACACGAGUCAGAUUUAGUAGCCUUAAAAACGUAGCCUAUUUCAUUGUUCCGACAGCACUAGAGCAAAACUAAUGACUUAAUUAUAAACGCAAAGGAAAUUUCCAUAACAUUUUCUAUUUACAAAUGCGGUAUGCUUGGUAACCAGGCCAGGGACUACUUUUUUGAAAUCAGGGACCAUUUUACCGAAAUCUGCUAGGCUCUCUCGCCGAAGCGUUCCGCACAGCACACCCAGGCAUAAAACUUUUACUGUCGUUCCAAUUGAAGUGUUGCUGAAAUAUUGAUUCAAUACAUUACCUCGGGCCGACCUAUUCAUUUGAUCAAGUUCCUCGAGAUAUUCAUACACUUCCUGUGAAAGAGCCAAUUCCAAGUAUUUGAUCAUUUCUGGUCACUUCCUUUCUAUUUACGAUUGGUUAGUUGCACAAACAACAAAGGUGAUUGGUGCAUUCAAACUAUUCAACAGGAAGUUUACAAUUAUACUAGGAAGUGUAUGAAUAUCUCGAGGAACUUGAUCAAAUGAAUUAAUUGGUCAGUCCGAGGUAAUGUAUUGAAUCAAUAUUUGAGCAACACUUCAAUUGGAACGACAGUAAGACUUAUUUAAAUAUAUCAAAGCAGCGAAUAGAGAGAGCCUGGGACUAGGCUGGUGUAUUCCUAGAUCUUUCAAAAGCUUUUGACACUCUUGACCAUGAGAUUUUACUUGCUAAAUUACAACACUAUGACAUCAAUGGUAUAACUUUGAAGUGGAUAAAAAGCUACUUAGUGGGCCGUAAACAAUUUGUUCAGUUUAAAGAAUCGCGUUCCUCACAACAAACCAUAGUAUGUGGUAUUCCUCAGGGAUCUAUACUAGGCCCAUUGCUUUUCAUCUUAUAUAUCAAUGAUAUUUCGUAUGCUUCUACACUGACAGAGUCGCUGAUUUUUGCAGAUGACACCAGCAUAUUUUACUCGCAUUCUGAUCCAAACUACUUGGAGUCUGUAAUGAAUGAGGAAUUGCAGAUGUUUGAUGUUUGGAUGAAAUGUAAUAAACUAUGUUAUUUUCAAAUCGAGUAAGAAAAAAUUCCACACAAUUUUAUUUUUUGUUAUGGCAAUGAAAUACUUAAACAAGAAAACACCACAAAGUUUUUAGGUGUAUACAUUGAUCAACACCUUCAGUUGGCAUAAUAUAUAGGUCUCGUUUCUAUUUAUCAACUAAAACUAAAUUAUCUUUAUAUUAUACUUUGAUUUAUCCAUAUAUCACUUAUUGUAAUAUCGCCUGGUCAUCUACAUAUGUAACUAAUGUAAAUAGAAUAUUUUACUUACAAAAACGUGCAGUGCGAGCAAUAACAAAUUCUAAUUUUCGUGCCCACUCUACCCCUUUAUUCUCACAAUUAGGUAUACUAGAUAUAUUCAAAGUUAACUAACUCUAUACUGUAUAGCACGAUUUAUGUUCUGCUACAAUAGUCAAUUAUUACCAAUAUAUUUUUUGACUUAUUCACACGCAAUAAUCAAAUACAUAAUUACAACACUAGAUCAGCAACGAACUAUCGCACCUACACUUGUCGUACAAACCUCAAAAAAAUUACAAUACGUUAAUCAAGGACCAAAAAUUUGGAAUUCUCUGCUAACAAAUAUAAAAGAUUCACUUAGCCUCUAUAGUUUUAAGAAAACUAUGAUGGAAUUUCUACUUAAUUAUAGUUUGUGCCGCACAAAUGCACUACAUGCAGCUGUGAGUUAAAUAUCUAUUAUUUUCUAUAUCCCUAUAUUUUCUAUAUAAGUAUUAUUCAGUUAUAUUAAUAUCUUGAAGUGAUCUCAAAAUAAGCCUGAUGGUUUCAUGAGGUCUCCUCGCCACUUUAUUUAUAUUCUCCUAAUUUAUGUAAAUUUUAAUAAUAUGUGCGUGGCAAAUAAAUCAUUCAUUCAUUCAAAUUAAUUGAACCCACGGUCAUCGGACAUCAUCAAACAUAUGUCCUAUCAAAAUUCAUCGGACAUUUUGUCAGACGGCCUUGUAAAAGAUAUUUUAAGGCCUACUCGACUGUGAUUGGUUGAUUUUAGUGCAGUUAGUUAAUAUCAAAUAGCAGAGCAAAAUAACGUAACAAACAGAUCUCAGUGGUGGGAAAACAAUGGGAUCUAAAAUCAAAAUCUUCGUGUGAACACAAACGCAGUUGCUUCCAAGCAUCUCAGGCCUCAAAACUCGAAUGCUUUUCGUUGUAAUUGUAUUGUCAGUAUAAACUGAUUUACGAAAUCACGGCAUUUACAUAGAUAACAUUUAACAAAUCGUAAAUCGGUAUAGGUUUUUCGGUUUAUUACUUCUCAGGACCGUAGCAACCGGGGAGGGGGGGGAGGGGGGCUGCAGCCCUCACAAUAAUUUGCUAAUAAUCAUUCUGUUUUCAAAAUCAUGCACACGUUUAUCAUUUAAAUAAUAUACCUUUAAAAUACUGACAAUUGAUUAAUUUUAAGCGGCUACAUUAUCCAUGACAAACCGCAAAAAAUCAUACUACCCAUACUCUUUCCUGCAACUUCUCCAAUAUAUAGUUCAUUAAAUACUCCUUUGCCCAUUUUGUUCUACUAAAUUGUAAAUUUCGACAUCACAAAAACGCUGUUUUCUGACCAUCAUAAUUCUGUUAAAAACUCCCCCCAAAGUCCAGGUAAUGGCAUUUCAGAGACUCAAAAUUUAAAAAUUUCCUCGGGCCUUCCGUUUUCAGCCCCCCAAUAAAAUAGAGCUUCCUACGGCACCGCAUGCUUCUGUAAUAUGUCUGUGCGUAAAACAUGCGUAUUUUUGUUUGUAAAUUGCGUCUUCAUUUUCCGGAUAGCAAACAUCUUCGUUGCUUCGUACGUCAUGAAAUAUUGGCACAGUGUGAACACACGUAAUUCUGCCGGCAUUAUUUCGCUCGUGUAAUAUGAACGUGGUCUAUAUAUAAGAGCACGUGAUAUACGAUAAUGGUUAGAGUUACAAAUAAAUUGCAUAUAGCCUAAUUUUGUCUUUUGUAUUUUUUCAGUUCGCUGGGAUGCAAUAUUUUGCAGGAAUUUAAACAAACAGUUUCAUGUUAGUACAGAUUUGAAUCCAAAUGUUGGUGUCUUGAGAUUGUUCCCAGGGAUAACAAAUGAGACGGUAUGUAAUACACCGGAGCCGCAGCAAGUAAGCUAGUUUAGGAGAUUUAAGGCCUUUUUUCGUUACGAUCAGUUUGCAUUCUCGGGACAAACCGGCUUGAACAUACUCCAUGCAUGAACGUUAAAGUAGAAAUAAUGCAGCCUAGUUCCUGCCUUUCGCUUCUGCGAUGCUAGGCGCGCUGGAGAUAGAUGGGAAGCGAGAAGGCCUAUCACCAAAAUUCGCAAAUCUGCCUUUCUUGGAAACUUUUUUGCCCUUCGAGCGGCCCUACAAUCAGGGGCAAAAAAUAUUGAGACAUCACAUUCGCCCCCCACUUCCCCCCAAAACAAUUAUAUCAAAAAGCUAUCAAUAGCACGUAAAUGUCGCUAUGUCGGUCUAAACGUUUUAAUUUGCGAAAAUACCGUCUUCAAGUUGGUUUAUAUUAAGGUUAAUAAUUAACUAUUAGCGCGGGAAAUUUGAAUUUUUCAUAUCGUAAUUUUAUCGUUAAGUAAAAUAGCGCGCAGCCAGAGCCGAUGGACAAAAUUCAUAGUGGAAACCACGGCGUUCCUAUACUUAAUAACAUAUGGCCCAUUCGAUCUUCUAAUAUUUUCCACCGACGAAUUGUUUACGGCCGCUGUAUUUGAAGCUUUCUCUUUCUAACGAACAAUUUAUCUGAAACAGGUGUUCCGACUCAAGAUGCCCUUCUAUUCAUUUCCUAUUCUAUGGAACGGACUUGACUUCCACUUUAAGGAAAGAAAGGAAAGCAUAUAUACAUUUUACUUGGUAGAAAACACGAGAGAAUGAAAAUAUAACACGCGUCGUCUGUUUAGUAUGUUUUCUAACAUGGGAUUUGUAUUUGUAAAUUGGAGUGGACCACAUCCAUUUAUUGCGUUUGCUAAUAGAAAUUCUGAGCACAAGCUAUAGCUCAAAAUAUCCAGCCAGACACCAAAACAUCCAAACAUUAUAUAGAUCGCUUAGAUCACUGGGCGGAAUAAACUCUGGAAAACCGUUAGCAACGUCAAGAAUAGUGUGCUGGUUUUGAAUCAUAAUAAUCUUAGUUUCGAAUUAAUUCGAAUAACCGUGGUUACGUUUAACAUCAUUUGUUUCAAAUCUAGCAACUUACAGUUUUCGAACAACGGCAUCAUCCAUUAUUUUUCCUCAAUUAUAUUGUUACAUUGCUGUAGGUACCAAUAUUCGGACAACGAACUGAUGGUCGAGACAACUUGCUUGGUGCAUUGAUCACUGCUGGUCAUUUUGAUAGAUUUCGUUUGAUAGGAAACAUGCCUAUGUUAAGAAGUAUAAUGAUCCAUAUUUUUUUCAUUCUCUAUAGGUGAAGUCGAUCUGUCGCGCUCCAGUUGAAGGAAUAGUACUGGAAACAUUUGGGGCUGGCAAUUGUCCGGACCGUUUUAUUGAGAUCCUCAAAGAAGCAACUGAUAGAGGAGUGAUUAUUGUCAAUUGUACUCAGUGUUUGAAAGGAACUGUUAUCGGCAGUUAUGAAACUGGAAAGGUAGACAGUAUUGUUAUUAUAAAUAUCGAAACCUUAAGCAGAACUAUAAAGGUGUCGGUGGGGCUGCAGUUGCGUGCACCCGUAGUUCAAGCACCCACACCCCUCCACCUUUACGGGGUAGGAUAAACCGUCUCAAAAAGAACAAGAAAAAGGAGAGGUUGCAAUUUUUUGUAAUAGUUGGGGGGGGGUUACUGAAAAGUGUGCAUUGGUUUAAAAUGGGGGGAUGAACAAAAGACUGUCAUAAAGAUUGCUGAGCAACUGCAAGACGUUUUUUCAAAGUGCAGGCCUUUCAUGCGGUGAUUAUUUCGUUUAUGGAAGUUCCUUUAGAUAACACAUAACUUAUAAAUCUGUGCCAAAUGCUUGUGUUAACCCGUCAAAUUUUGUCCUCUGAAACAGGUGUUGUAAAAGUGGGGAUUGGAUUCUUCCUGUGGUAUAACAUUUCAGUGAUUCAAUCUCUGAGGUUGUGCCAAUAACCAGAUGAUCUUGAUACGCGGAAAAGUACUGGCACUAGUUGUCAAAUAGAAAUCCAUUUUAUGAUUAAAACAACUGAAUAUCUCCUGUAAUAUACUUUAUUUCGAUUCCAUAUUUUUGUCAGAGCUAUAGUUCUCAUAACCAAACAUAAUAACAAAAUUUCAACUAGUUUCAUAAAGAAUAACGAAAGAUAUAAUUGACUGAAUACAUGAAAAUGGAUUUCUAUUCGGACAACCCUUUCUGAGCGCUGAUUGGCUAAAAUACGAACACGAGAUCACCUGGAAUAGGAAGCUGCGGAUUGCUAGGGAUACAACAACCUUAAGAAUACAAGGAAACCUUCAAUUUUCUGCAUGUAGUUGUACCCCUAUCAAUCCAGUAGGGAGAAAAGUUCAAAGCUAUUCAAUAUAAAAACUUUAGUUAAGUUUAUCGGCUAGUUUCUGGCAAGAUUACUGUAAAUAAAUGAAGCUUGUUGUGUUUGUAGAUUCUGUUUGAUAUUGGUGUAGUGUGUGGUUCAGAUAUAACUUCCGAAGCAGCUCUGACAAAACUCACCUACGUAUUGGGUUAUCGUGAUAUGUCGCGAGAACAAAAGAAGAAGGUACGUGCUACACUCAGUGAGCUAGCUCCAUAUAUAUAUAUAUAUAUAUAUAUAUAUAUAUAUAUAUAUAUAUAUAUAUAUAUAUAUAUAUAUAUAUAUAUAUAUAUAUAUAUAUAUAUAUAUAUAUAUAUAUAUAUAUAUAUAUAUAUAUAUAUAUAUAUCAGGAGCGAGAACUCGAGUCCAAAAAGUGAAGCCACCAGUUUCGUGUUAACCGCGCAGACAAAAACAAUAGAAAGGUAUUGGAACUGACGUCCAAAAGCUCCUUCAAUUUCCGCCAUCUUGGCAAGGAGUGUGCCGAAAUUUCGUAUUUUGACAUCGAUCUAAAGAAUAACACUAUGGUUUUAUGAACUGAUAACUUGGUUAGCGAUACGGUCCGUUAGAAAAAACUAGCUGGGAAAGAUUUAGCUGGGAAAAUGGUAUAAAAGCUGUUUACGACCUUCAGAGCUAUUGAACGUCAAUGGCCGCCAUCUUGGCUUCACUUUUCUCAUUGGCCGAAUGACUGAAGUUCUUACUCCAGAUAUAUAUGGAGCUCACUGGCUAUACUUCAUUAAUGCCCCGUACAGGCACGAGCAAGUUUUCCUUGAAAACGUUUUCUUGACAGUUUUGUUAAAAUUAGUAAUAGUCAUUUAUAUUAUUGCAUAUAUAAAGUAUUUUGUUUUAAGCGCUAUGAUUGGACGCCAAUGGGGGACGGUGAUCACAUGACUUUCGAACACGUUGUUUAAUCCUUAUCGUAUGUGUCGAAGCGUAUACAUUUUAUUCAUAUAUCGUACACAUAAUACGUUUAUCUUUAUAUUAAAUAACAUGGUUUUUAACAUUACUUGAUCGUUUGUAUGAAAAAGCUAUAUAGUCAGGAAAAAGCGAAAAGCUAUAUAGUCAGGAGAAGGAGAACUUGACAAGUAUAAUUUUCGCAGUCAUUGCCAUUAAAUCUCGAUAUUUUGAAAUUCGGUUUUAGUUGAACUAUGGUAUCGUAGACAAUUUUCAACUAUUGUUUUGGAAGCAUGCUUUGAACGAAAAUUAUAUUUUUAAGGAACAAUUCGUCAAGGAAAAGUUGUUCGCGUGUACGUGGCUUAACUGCUUGUUUUGUUGCCAUGUUUCGGGUAAAUUUUAUUUUAAUUACAAAUAUUGUACAAGUUCGAGAUCUAUUGUAAGUUAAUUUAAUCCUUCACUUUAGUUAAUGGAAACCAACCUACGUGGAGAAAUGACUGAGGCUAUGGAUGAACCUCAAUUUUCUUUAACUCAAGACGGUUUCAUUCGCGCCAUUGCCUCCACGUCGAGAGCUAGCUUUGUUGAGGUAAUAGAAAGCGGGACGUAAUGAAGCCGGGCUCUGGAAAUAUAGGUGGAACACACCCCAUCCCCAACUCUGGAAAAACCGUAGACCUAAAAACUUGUCGGUCUAGAAAUAUUACAUUGAAAUUCUAAUUCAGAUAAAAUCCUAUAACGAUUCCUCUCGUAUUUUGCCUACUUUUUCAACUUUCAUUUGUUCAGGAAAUGCAUUUUAUUCGGAAGGCCUCGCAUCCUCUUCUAGUGUGCUCUGCUAUACAGAACGGUAACGCUAAUAUUGUAGAGGAAUUGUGUAAGAAGGUAUAUGGUUUAAAUGAAAACGCCCUCAUCCAAAAACAGGACUCGAUUUAAAUCCUUUCUGUGCAUAACUCAGUGGUUACCUUUGUUCCAUUCUAUGCUUACAUUAUCAUGGUUGUAACUAUAGGCAUGUGAGUUAUCGGCUGAAAAUUGGGUGACAACAGACAAAAACAUUCAGCGCCUGAAAUUGCCUGGAAACGAUAUCCAAUCCAAACAACUGGAAUUUCAGCAAAUUUUCAUGUAAAAUUUACCCCUUCCCAUGGAAUUUCCUUGUAAAAAUUACCCUUGCCCAUGGAAUUUCCAUUUUAGAUUAGGCCUUCCCCAUGGAAUUUCCAUUUAAAAUUUGGCCCUGUCCAUGGAAAAACAACUGUUGAAAAUAAAGCCUAACUUAGGCGGCAAAUAAAAAUAAAAAUUAUAAAAAUAUAAUUUUUAUAGCUUUUAUAUUAAAAAUGGCCGCCUAUUAAGUUAGGCUUUAUUUUCAACAGUAGCUUUUGGUCUCAUUCGAACACACAACACUCAUAUAAUGGUACUGAAAGUACUGAACACUCAUAUAAUGGUACCUUUUGCGAUCAGCAUUCAGUCCAGACAAUAUGUCCGACCAAUUUACGAUUUGAUCAGAAAAACUGUAAUUUGGUCGGAAAAUGUCCGAUCGUUAUUUCAAGCUAGGGUUUGACAUUCGCUAGCUGGUUAGGUCCAUGUGUAAUAUCUUAUAGUCAUCUGUUCAUAUUAAUAAAAUAUAGCAGGCAAAGCUUUUAGAAGAAUCAAUCGAAUACAGAAGGUAAUGCCAAAAAAAAUCGUCGACGGCAAAUAAUUGCCAUCGACAAUCUCAUUUUCGGCGACAUUAUCGGCAGCAAUUGCCAUUUGCCGUCGUUAAUUUCGAGGACUGUCCAUGCGUCUAUGGACAAAUUUUCAGAUGAACGAUUUUUCAGUCUACCGUUUGUUUAGUCAGACUUUUAAGAAACUGCGGCGAGUGGCCUUUCAGAAUAAGUAAAUUUUAGAACACUUCGUCAUGAAUGAGUGAAUUUAGUAUUUACAGCGACCUUAGCUUGUACAAAAAGGGCACUUUUCAUCACAAAAAAGGGCACUUUUGGUCCUUUGAAAAAAUUUGCAAUUGAAAAUUUUGCCAUUGGAAAAAUCCAAAACUCCAGGCUUAGAUACCUAGUUUUUUUUAUCACUUUGGGAGUAAUACUUAGCUCCAAAUGAUUUUUGGAGUUAGCCAGUAACUCCACAAUUCGUAUUUCAACUCAUUUAGUUUUGAAUUACACAAGCUAUUGAAGUGUAUAUUUUUUGAGAAGAGAAGGAAGUAUGGUUUGCCGAUUUUUUUUUUGUUUCUUCUUUGAAACGAUUUGAAAAAUGGCUACCAUGCAUAAUACUCACAGCAAAAAAAUAAUUUUCUUAUUUUAAGAAAAAAACCCAAUUUAUUUUGAGAAAUUGAACUUUAUUAUUCCGUCAGGCAUUUUACGAGGCCAACCAGAUCGUUAUUGAAGAAGAUCCUUCGUUGCCCAAACCGAGAAAGGUUAGUAAGGAGUUUGAGCUGCACACAAGUUGUAACAAGGUUGUUGUCAAGCCGACAUCAGGAUGUGUUCACACUGCAUGUUCCCAGUUGUUGUGACAAGUCUGGAACAAGUUGUUAUCACCUUGUUACAAGGUUGAUGACGGUAACAAACUUGCUACAGGUUGUUGCAACAUCUUUUAUACAGGCUGUUCGUAUAACAAGUUGCUACGAGCUCGUUGUCAUCAACUUGUUAAUAACCUGUUAUGUGCAGACGAUAUCAGACUUGUUGGAACAACUUGUUGCGUGCUUGUUGGCUUCAUCAACCUUGUUACAAGAUGAUAGCAACUAUUUCCAGACAAAAUAAUUCUCAAAGCCGUUCUUCAAAUGUGCUUGAGAGAAAUAAAAUAUAUAUAAGGUUUAUAUGUACAUUAACUUACUUCUGCAGAUCAAAAUACGAGAUGCCACAAGCCACCGUGAUGAACGCGUGAUGAUUCAAGCAUGGGUUCACAGAAUAAGAAGACAAGGUACUGUGUUUAGUUUGCUUUGCUUUGCACAGAGUGUACUUAAAUUUAAUUCAUUCAAACUAUUAUACUAAUUGAUUUCCCGAUGUUUCUUUUCAAGGGAAGACAUUGAUGUUUCUUCUUUUAAGAGAUGGUACUGGUUUUCUUCAAUGUGUGUUCUCUGACAAACUGGUAAGCAAUAGUACUGCUAAAAAAUAGAUAGAUAGAUAGAUAGAUAGAUGGAUAGAUUUCAUUUUCAUUGCAAGAAACAGAAGAACCUUUCUAUACGGACGUCUUUCCUGUGCACACACUUUUAUGCUCUUCGCUUUCGAUUUCCGUUUUGUGGAAAGGUCAGGUUAGGUUCCACAGGGUGGGCUAGUUCUCGUGCGAACCGUAUAAACGCCGGACUAGUAUCUAGUCCUUUGUUUUAGCCUUUUCAUUUUUUUCUUUGUUGUAUGUUUGUUUAAUCUAGUGUCAAACGUAUAAUGCGCUACUGUUGUCGACAGAGUCUACUGUGACUGUGUAUGGAAAGAUCUCUGCAGUUCUAGAAGCGAAGUCGGUAUGUUGGCUUCAGUUGUACCAUGCUCCCUACUAAUCGAACACAAUUUGCAAGGCUCUACACUGGGGAAAAAAUAUGAAAUCCAUACUACAAAAUUGGCAAUUGCACCACUAAAUCCAUAGUAUAUCCAUACUAUUUCGAUAUUAUAUCCAUAGUAUGGAAAUAUACAAUUUCGAUAAUCAAAAUCCAUUCUAUUUCCAACGAAGGUCCAUACAAUUUCCAUUCAAUUCUAUGACCUUAUAUGGAUUUUCAAAAUUUUUUCCAGUGUAGUCAUAAAGUUUUUGUUCAAAGCGAAUCCUUAAAAAAAGCUUUACUUAUAGAGGGGUUACCCUGUGGAACGAUAUACCCGUCGAUCUCGCUGGAGCUCAAUCUCUUGUAAAGUUUAAAUCUAAAAUUUUCUAAUAAUUGUAUUAUAUUAAUUUCUUUGCAUAUGUAGUCUGUAUUAACUAUUGUAAAUGUUUUGAUAUUUAUUUAUUAGAAAUUAGUUUGCUAGCAUUGGUACACGUCUUCAUUGAAGAGCAUAUAUUUUAACUUGUCUUUUUAAAAGAGGAUGUCAAUCAAUCAAUCAAUCAAUCAAUCAAUCAAUCAAUCAAACCGAUGAUUUUUCGUGGGUUUUUCCGCAAUGGAUUAUACUUAACAAUAAUCGGAUCAUGCAUGUGUAACAAUUCUGCACGACAUGAUAGAUUAAUCAGUACUCAUUUCACUGACAGAUAAUUGAUCCUGAUUUAAGUUUUCCGAAAAUUUAGUAGCUUAUGUCAUGUUGGAUCAUUUGGUUUACGUUGCUUUCAAAAUUUCUUUUCACAGACGGUGUUAUUAACUUUUGAAAAUUGAAAAAUCGCGCUGCGUUUCCAAAUUGCAUUCGUUGGGUCUGUGCCUUUACAGUAUCAUUUAGAAGUGUCAAAUGUAAACUAAACAUCGUCAUUGUCUUGUCAGUUGUCUACUUGUGUGAACUCUCCGAAUGCGCAGUCUAUAACCUUGAAGUACCUUGAGCAAACAAUUUUGAAUGUAAAUACUGACAGAAUUGUUGGGUAACAACAAGCGAGGAACAUGUAAAAUUUAAAUGAAUUAAUGAAUACGAUUAAUCGAUAUUCAAUCGAUUGUUAAUAACGAUUAUGAACCGAUGGGAUCAGCUAAUGUAGUUCUUACCAAAACAUAUUUAUGCCGGCAAACACCAGAAUUCCAUACAUGUGUUGGGUAAAUAUAUGCAUCAGAAUUGUGGGCAUCUCACUUGAUAGAUCUAAUUGUUGAAGGUUUUUGUAGAUGUAAACUUCAAGUGUAAUUUUUUAUACAUUUAUUAGACCAAACCAGGAACAGUUGCGAAAAAUGCAACUAUAGGUCCCUGGCAGGAACUGAACCCGCGGCCCUGCGAUUCCGGGCCAGCCCUCCAACUGCAAAUUUAUUCGUAUUAAUAAUUCAUGCGUUUAUAAUCCCUGCUAGGCACCAGACGGUCAUGAGAUGAAGGUUGAUUGCUGGCAAUUGAUUGGUUUAGCCCCACCUGGCGGCGUUGACGCCAUCAAGAAUCCGGUAUGUGUUCAAGUAUUACGAUUACAAUUUACAUUUCUACAGCAUAAAUUUACAUGUGGAUGUGAUGAUUUCAGUCCGGAAAGUGUAUUGAUCUUAAAUAAAUGUUGAUUAUGGGUAUUUUUUGUUACUCUUUAGGAAUCUGGUGUUGAUACUCAGCUGGAUAACCGACAUAUUUUAAUGAGAGGCGAAACAGUAAGAUUUAUAAUUUAAGGGCUGUCCAUAUGGAGCUGGGCUGGCCCGGUUAACUAUGAUGAUUCGUUUACUGUCAUGAAGCACUUAUCACAGCUUUGAUAAACAUCCAAAAUGUUUGAUCCCAGUAUCGGUAUAAAGUUAAUUCAAACGAUCGUUUAUGGUCAGCAAAAAAUGAACAUCCAGCAUAAUGCCCACUUUGCAGCCCACAUUGCAGCAUAAUGCCCACUAGCUGUUGCCUCUAGAAUUAGCAUGCUUUUACCAUUCAAACAUACAAGGAGCUUAUAGUCCCGGAGCCAACGGCGCGGAGCGCCGUUACUGGCGUAAGUCCGGGGCGAGGGUACAAAUUCCGCCGGGCUAUUUACACUCAGGGAAAGUAAAAGAUAAGCGUGUUAAAAUUGUGACUCGAAGUUCUUCCUUUUUGUAUUAUUUAGAUACCAAAAGUAAUGAAAAUGAGAGCAAUUGUUUCUCAAUGGUAAGUUUCUAUGCCAUAUAGGAUCACCGGUCUUACCAUCGUUUUGUACAUCUGCGUCUUCAGUCUCAUUGGCAUCCGUUUGUUAAAUAUUUUCCCACUAAAAUUCCUGCAUGUGUUUCCUGUAGUCUUCCCUGUAUCUUUAUCCAGGUCACCAUUCCCCUGUAGCCAACUUCCUAGGUAUCAAAAAGCUGUUGUUGCUUCAGUUGCUGACCAUCCACUGAAAUCGUUUGAUUAUAGAUCUGAAUUUCUUAUUACCUCCGCCAGGAGGUUAUGUAAUCAUCUGGGUUUGUAUGUGUGUAUGUAUGUAUAUGUGUGUGUGUGUGUGUGUGUUUGUCUGUGAGCACGAUAACUCAAGAAAUACCAAACAUAUCCGUACGAAAUUUUGUGAGUGCAUUUCCCAUCGGCUAAGGAAGAACUGAUUAAUUGGUUGAAUUUGGUUAAAAAUUGAAUGAGAAAUAACAAAAGUUUGUCUUGCUUUUCCCGGUCAAUUAAAUAAAACUUUAUACUGAAUGCGUAAUUAGGACGUGCAUAAUAUAUGCACCAGCCAUUCAAAUUCUAACAAGACGCCGACUCGGCGUUAACCUCGGAUAGGGAAUCGUCUUGUAAAUAUCCAAAAAUUGUAUAAAUCACGAUAGUUUAAUAGUUCACUAGUAUAAAUGG